UUCCCUUUGCUCGAUUGAUCUUUCUCCGAUUACUAACUACUACAUGGAGUUUCCGACCUCAAUCCCGCCGCCCGUCUCUUCGGUUCCCUCGCUUGACCUAGACGCGAUCGUUCUGUGGCCACCAUCAAACCCUCAUCUUCCUCCGAACGAACAACAGGGAUGUAUGGCGCCUCCCCCUCCCAAGAGACCACGGCUCUUCUUGCACGCACCACAAGAAGAAGAGGAAGCAGCCUCGCCGAUGAUGAUUGCUUCCGCGCCUCUUCCUGCUGCUUUCGUUCCAAACAUGCCGCCGGCGUCAUUUUCGACAAUGCCUCCUCCUCGUCCUCUUCCUCCCACGAACGCGCCGAACCAGGUGCUCUUCAAGACGCGCCUCUGCCAGAAAUUUAGGGCGACGGGGUCCUGCCCCUACGGAGACUCCUGCAACUUCGCCCACGGGCCGGAGGACCUCCGCCAGCCGCCGCCAAACUGGCAGGAGAUCACCAGGACGCAGAAGAUCUGCAGGAAGUUCUACGCUGGGGAAGUUUGUCCCUACGGGGAGAGAUGCUUGUAUGCGCAUGUGAGAAGAGACGGCUCGGUCGUGGCCCCCGCCGGCCGAUCGCAUCCUCCCAGGAGUUUUGGUUCCGCCGGCGGGAGUUAUGAAUCUAACCGGAGUAUGCCGAGGUCGUGGAAUUCGAAGCCCUUUCACAAUCAGGAAAACACUAGUCGCCCCACCAAUGAGGAGCGUCGCAUCUCGGCUCAUGGUUCUUCAGAAUCGAAGAAACCUCCAACGAGUGUCGAUGUUGAUAUAGAUGAUUCAAAUAAUUUUAUUUCUGAUGGAAUAGUCUUAACCAACCCUGACAAACCUACAAAGAUUUUUUUGAAAGUACAGCGUAUCAAAAAGCUAAAUCAUAUUUAUGCAGACUGGAUCAGUUAAUAUGCCACUGCACAACAAAUCGAUUCCAAAUGGGAUGUAUAAUUUUAGAUAGAAAAAUUAUGCAUCUAGUUAGA